CGAGGGAUAAAUGAGCCAAUUUACGAUAUGUACGUUGAAGUGGUCGAGUCAAUUUACGUAGCUACGUAUUGCUGCUGUUGUAGAAUAAUUAUAAGGUACUUAUAAGAUAAUGAAGAUAUUCAGUAUUGUUCUUAAAAUCAGUUGAGUUCGAAGUGAGUUCGAAUUUUUUUAAAGUGCAAAGGAGCUGUAUUGGAAAAUGGUCGACGACUGUAGUAUUGUGAUAAUGUGAUUUUACAGCAUCUGCCACUCAUUCUUAAGUUUUUCAAAUGCGUAAUGGGUCCGUACUAAAUUCUCGUCCUUCAACCUAUCGUCUUCAGUGGCAUCAGAUUGAAAUUGCCCAGUGAAAUCGAGAACAAAUAUUUUUCAUCAAAAGAUCUGCUCAUCGUCGCAUUUCACGUUGCAAUGGCACAAACCUGCAAAUCGCCUACGCUGAUUUCGCUUCAAAAUAUUCCGAUGCAGGACAAAGAAAAAGAAAAUCCCUCGCCCGAAUCACCUGUAAUUCUAGAAAAAUCAUUGAUGGAGGAAGAAUACGAUCCUCAUGCGUAUGGCAAACAGCAUAAUCCAACCAUUUUCUGGGGCCCUAUUCUGCACUUAUUAAAAUACAUCGUUGGAACCGGGGUAUUACUUCUACCAUACACAUUCAGAAGCGUCGGCUAUGCAGUAGCCAUUUUUGGUACAAUAUUCGUUUGUGUCCUGUACAUACACGUGAUACACCUUUUGUUAGAGGUUGAAUAUCAACUCUGCAAGAAGCUGAAGACUCCUAAUUUAACUUACCUCGGCAUCGUGCAAGGAGCAUUCGAACAAGGACCCAGGUUCUUCCGAAAAUUAGUACCAGUUGGCAAAUUCUUGGUGUACUUUCAUAACGUUUUCAACAAAUCACUGAUGAACAGCGUUUAUUUGAUAACGAUAGCGAAUAAUUUCAAAGUGGUGAUCGACCACUACUACGAGACGAACACGGACGUCAUCACCAUCAUGACCGCAUUGAUGGUGCCUCUGAUUGGUUUAGCUUUGAUUCGAGAAUUGAAAUUUCUCGUUCCACUGUCCAUGAUGACUAACGCGUUCAGUGUUUUAAAUCUGUUAUUAAUUAGUAUCAUUCCGAGCAGUUACGAUGGCACAGCCGAUAUGAAAGCCGUCAACGACAUCUUUCAGUUUCCGAAUUUUUUCGCCGUUCUUCUAGGAUCGUUCGAAUGUACGACACUUAGUUUGCCUGUAAAAAACGACAUGAAAAAUCCCAAACGCUUUACGACUUUUUUCGGUGUACUCAACAUAGCCUUAUCGACAACUGCCAUAGUUUACGGCGUUUUUGGAAUACUCGGUUAUGCUAAAUACGGCGAUCGACUGCAAACAAAUAUCAUGUUGAAUUUACCCCCUGGUGAGGCGAUUCCGCUGGUUAUUCUGAGUUUGCACACUCUGGGAAUGUGCACCUCUUUCAUUUUAUUCGUAUACAUUUCUUACGAUACCAUAUGGAAUAAUGUAUUCAGUGGCAAGCGUGUGAAGCAUCCUCUAGUCAUCGAGUGCGCUGUUCGAGUAACAAUCUGCAUCUUAACUUACUGCUUCGCGGUCGCCAUUCCAGAUUUCAGACUGCUGCUCUCUCUAACCAAUGUAAUAGGUAUAUUGAUGGAUGAGGGUAUGCCACCCAUUUUACAUAUGCUUUUGCUGGUCAAAAAAGAAGGCCAAAGUACACGUUUCUAUUUGACUUUAUUGAAAGAUUUCGUCAUUGUUUCGAUUUGUUUUUGCUUAUUUAUGGCAGCUCUAGUUGACGUUGUUCAAAAUAUUAUAACAUUUUAUUAUUAGUUUUUUUAUACGUCUGUGAAUUUUUUUAUCGUUGAAAAAUAUUAUCCGGGAUAAUAAAUGAUUCAAAAGAAAUGUUA